AUGGUAACAGAUAUGACUGUCACAAAUCUGUUUCAAACAGCAUCACAGCAGACUACAAUAUAUAAAGUGGCUGUUCCAACCAAAAUAGAAAGUCUUAUUUCUUCACUAAAACUAAAUCGACCGUACCCGUUUAAUAUUUAUUCACACCAGUGCUUACUAAAUGAGUAUCAGAUAGGAAUCAGAGAAUUGAAUCUUAAUGACAAAAUGUCUCGAUCUUUUUAUGUCGAUUCUUUGAUUAUGAAAAGACCAGUCACACAGAGUUUAGGCACCACUAAUCCUGUGACUAUAACUAGUGCUUUAAGACAUUCUUUGCCUGCCUCCCAUAUGCUGCCGUCACAUCCACUACCGUGUUAUCCUCGGCAUUCGACAGAUAUGUUGAGUUUUUGUUGUCCACUGUGCGUCCACAGUCCUGCGCCAUUAGUACCACAAAGCAGUGCAUCAAUUCCGACAAAUACACCAACAAGUUUUAUUAGUACAACAGUUACGAGUCUGCACAACCAGAACUUUAACUUGCAAAAACAAAAAUCAUUGGAACACAGAAAAUUAAUUCAACAAACAGAAAAGGAAAAACCAUAUUCGGAUAUAAAGAAAAAGUCUAUUUCCAAUUUAGGUGUUACAAGUUCUACAGAAGAUGUCAAUAGUAGUAAGCGUAUCCGAACAGCUUUUACAAGCAACCAACUUCUGGAACUGGAAAGAGAAUUUAGUACCAGUAUGUACCUAUCAAGACUCAGAAGAAUUGAAAUAGCAACAUAUCUGAACUUAUCUGAAAAACAGGUCAAAAUUUGGUUUCAAAAUCGUCGGGUGAAAUACAAAAAAGAAGACUUCGGAGAAACACAAGAGAAGUGUAACUGUUUAAGGACAUGUACUUCAAAAUCAAGAAAAAGAAAAAUGUCAGGAGAUUCAAUAACUGAAUCAGAGGUAUUUCAUGAACAUGAGAAAAAUCAAACCAUGGACGAUUUAUCUGUUUCUUCAGACGACAUGGAAUGUGACCAUUCGUGUGAUACGAAGUAGCCAAAUUAUCGGUGGUUUUCUUUGUGGGAGAAAUGUGCAAUGUAAUAAUAUACGAAGUGCCA